AAAAAGUUUUGACCAGAGCAUUUGCUUGAAUUUCUGGAUGAUUCGGCCGAGAGACGCCGUCGUUUUAAGUCGAACCGAUCAAUCUUCUCUUCUUGCACGAACUUCGAAUAUUAUAUGAGAUUGGAGAAGAGGAAAAAGGCAAAACUUAGGGAAACAAGAAUAAGCAGCGUCCAUGGAGAACGGUGAAAUUCCUGAAAACGCCAACGAAAAUUGCCCUGGUACUCAAUCAGAAUUAGCAGGAAAAUCAGAUGCUUGCCAAGGAUGCCCUAACCAAGAAGCUUGUGCUUCUGCCCCUAAAGGCCCUGACCCUGACUUGGUUGCAAUUGCUGAACGGAUGGCUACAGUGAAGCAUAAAAUAUUGAUUUUAUCAGGUAAAGGUGGAGUUGGCAAGAGUACAUUUUCUGCCCAACUCUCAUUUGCACUAGCGUCUAUGGACUUUCAGGUUGGUCUCUUGGACAUUGAUAUUUGUGGACCAAGCAUUCCUAAGAUGCUUGGCCUAGAAGGUCAAGACAUUCACCAGAGUAACCUUGGGUGGUCUCCUGUGUAUGUUGAGUCAAACCUUGGGGUUAUGUCAAUUGGGUUCAUGCUCCCUAACCCUGAUGAAGCUGUUAUAUGGAGGGGCCCCCGCAAGAAUGGGCUUAUAAAGCAAUUUCUAAAGGAUGUGUACUGGGGAGAGCUUGAUUUUCUAGUGGUUGAUGCCCCACCCGGGACCUCAGAUGAGCAUAUCUCAAUUGUCCAGUUCCUUCAGGCUACUGGAAUAGAUGGUGCAAUUAUUGUCACUACUCCACAACAGGUCUCUCUAAUUGAUGUGCGUAAAGAAGUGAGUUUCUGUAAGAAAGUUGGAGUGGAGGUCCUUGGGGUUGUCGAGAAUAUGAGUGGCUUAUGUCAACCAUUGACAGAUUUCAGGUUUAUGAAGUUGACUGAGACUGGUGAACAACAAGACGUCACAGAAAAGGUUUUGGAAUAUAUGAGAGAGAAAGCUCCAGAGAUGCUAGGCUUGAUUGCUUCUAGUGAGGUAUUUGAUAGCAGUGGUGGUGGUGCAGCACCAAUGUGCAGAGAGAUGGGUGUGCCUUUUCUUGGGAAGGUACCAUUGGAUCCACAGCUUUGCAAGGCAGCUGAAGAAGGGAGGUCCUGCUUUGCUGAUCAGAACUGUGGAGUAAGCGCUCCUGCACUGAAGAAUAUUAUUGAAAAAUUACUGGCGGCGAAACAGUGGAAUUAGAAAAUGCAGUCUGCUGCAGAUUAGCAAAAGAUGACUCAUAAAUUAUUAUCUAUACCAUUUUAUGGAUCAGUUUUUCCUUUUUUUUUUUUUGUUUGUAACUUUUAUGUUUGAUAUUCUUUCUUUGCGGAAAUAAUUUUGUGGAGUAUUGUUUUUCUGGUA